AUGCAAAGCAACUGUUCAAUGGUAGGGGUGGACAACCUGAUGAGAUAUUUGGAGCUGAUCAUCUACAUGCCCAUCUUCCUCUUUGGUCUGAUUCUCAAUGUUGCAGCGCUCUUGGUGUUUUGCAUUUUUCUGCGGAAAUGGACGGAGUCAACGAUCUACAUGACCAGCUUGGCUCUGAUGGACCUGCUUCUUCUCUUCCCUCUUCCUUUCAAAAUGCACGCCGCCAAUAACCUCUGGCCCGCCUACCUCCAGCCUCUCUGUUCGGGCUUGGAAAGCCUGUAUUUUAUUGGGAUAUAUGGCAGCAUCUACACCAUCAUGUGCAUAGCCGUGGACCGAUGGGUGGCUAUCUGUCACCCGUUCAAAGCCAAGCAACUGCGUUCACCCAAAGCAGCUCUGGGGACCUGCGUGGGGGUCUGGGUGCUGGUUUUGGCUGCGAUCUCUCCAACCAGCUAUCGCUUCAGGGAGGCCGGGCAGAUGGACUUCCACUGCUUCCACAGGUUUUCACAGAAAGGCUGGAGCCCUGCGGUGAUCAUUUGCGUGGAGGUGUUUGGGUUCCUGGUGCCUGCGCUGGUGGUGAUUUACUGUUCUGUUCGGACCAUCUGGGCGCUUCAGCAGUCCGGUCAGCGCAGCCUCCAGAGCCGGGCCUGUGUGAAGAUCAUCUACAGCAGUCUGAGUGCCUUCCUGCUGCCUUUCACCCCCAGCCACCUGGCCAUCCUCCUGCAGUUCCUGGUGCGCCAAGGAGCAAUUCAAGAUUGCAGCAACCAGGCCAGGAUCAGCCUGUUCAUACAGAUAGCUAUGUGCCUGUCCAACAUCACCUGCUGUCUGGACGCUCUGUGCUACUACUUCAUCGCUCAUGAGGUGAGGAGCACCAAACACUCCUUCAGGAUAUCAAUGAUCAGCCAAAGAAGAGCCACCUUCAGCACUUCAGAGGUCUGAACAUGAAAGACUAUUCAAGUAAAUUUGUUGUCAAAGCACGGUGAUCGUGGUGAAUCCGAGAUCUGGCUUCUUGAGUUUUAGCAGCACAGUGAAACUUGCAAAGAGCCCGUGUUGUUUCCCGUCGUUGGGGCAAAGUGAAGCAUUCACUUUGCGCAAACGGUCAGAGUGCAAUCUCAAUUAACCACAGUGCUUGAGAGUAAAGUGAAAAUGUAGUACAGAGAAUCAGUCCAGUGACAGGAAGCACGUAGACAUCUCUCUAACCUCAGAGAGCUCUUAAUGUAGGCGGUAUAGCGAAAAUCAUUUAUGGGUGCACGAUAAGAAACUGAUGCUGGGCUCAAAUCAUUCCAAGCAGUAAAACUCUAUUUGGUCUAAUGUAUAUUAUGCCCAGGAAGGCAAGUCAAAUGAGCUCCUCCUCCUCUGAAGAUCAACCAUUUAACGUUAGGGUUGACUCUCUUCAGACCAUUUUGGUUCAAUAGAUACAGACAUUAAAUUGUGAAACAUUUUCAUAAUGCACAACUAAUUCUCAUAAAAUUCCUAUAUUUUAUAUAGCAUCUCUCAAUUCAGAUUUACUUUGAUUUAUAACUGACAUGUCCAAAUAUUAAUUGAAAUAUUCACUUACCUAGUACAUGAAGUGAAGACACCGUCCAGUUGAGAUCUGAAAACACAAGAAUUUAGUUGAUUAUUAUCAAUUAAGAAUUGUUUAUAAUUAAUGACAGCAGAAUCUUCAAAACUUUAAAUUAUAUAUUAAAACAAUUUAUGACUAUUCUAAAUGUCUUCUUGGUUAUCUGAAUUCAAAGUGCAUGUAUUUACAAAACAAAAGUUCAUCAAUUUUGAACAUUAACCUCUUAAAACCUGCCUGCCUGGGUAGGUUUAAGGGAAGGGGAAAGGUUAGGAUGAGACCAAAAAACUACAUCUACCAGUAAUCAAUAAGAAACUGGAAAUAUAGCAUCAGCAAUAAAUUAAUCAAUUUAUACAAAUUUAAAUUAUUAUAUAAAUACAGCCUGAGGCUCAGUGACUGAAAUGUUUUACUUGUAUAGAUUUUUAAUGUAUCUCAGAUUGUCCUGAUACGAAUGAGGAAGCAAAUAAGUGAAAAUGUCUGCUGAACAUUUGAUGAAUGCAAACAGUGUUUGUUAUCAGCUUCCUUAAACUCAACACAAUGUACAGCCUAUAUCUAACAUGCUAUUAGUCAUGACAUAUGGAAAUGUAAUUUUAUAUGUAUUUGGUAUUGUAUUUUUUAUUAGAUAACUCUUUUUAUACAAUGUAGCUUUAAAUGUGCAAUAACAUUAUUAAAACAGUGUUAAAAGCCAGCUGUUCCUGGCAGUCGGCCUGACCUGUGUAUUUACACUGUUAAUAAGACUGUUUUGAUAUUAGUAUGUUUACAGGAGGACAUUUGAUUUAUGUGAAAGUAGUCAAAGCUAAACCCAGAUGGAAAGUUGCACAUGCAGUACAUUAAGCCGCUCUGCCUUAUUUUGCUCGUGUAGAACAGAGUCACCUUGUGGCAACAGUGGUAGGUGUUCGUAAGUCUCAAUUAGGGGAUUUACUGUACAUUGAUUAUUGUUAAAAAAAAAAAAUAUUAUUAUUUAAUUAAAACCCAAUAUGUUCUAAAACCAGUACAAAAUGUGAAACUGCCAUGUUUUGCAUUUCUUGCAUUAACUGCAUCACGUUACUUUCGUUUUGCACAAACCUCCACUUUGGUGAGUUUCAUUGUUAUUUGUUUGUGUUCAACUCAGCUUUUUCUGCAUUAAUUUCAGUUUCUGUUGUUUUUCCCCAAGAGAAAAUUGUUUUAAUGAAGCCGCGGACAAUCUUGGGCUGAUCUUUUUCUGUUCUUUUGUGUAACUGGUCUUUUUGUCAACCCACAGAAUAUGCUUGUAUUUUUUAUACCAUACAAAUGUUCCUCUUCCAUUUUAAAGUGAAAUAAAACCAACCAUAGCAAA